AUCUCCCUUCCUCUCCAUCGUCAUGGAUCCAGCUUCGUUCGCCCUGCCUCUCGGAUCUCGAAUCCUCGUCACCGGCGCCAACGGCUACAUCGCCUCCCACGUCAUCGACAAACUCCUGGAACUGGGGUACGUCGUGCGAGGGACGGUCCGCGCAGAGAAGCCAUGGUUGAACGAAUACUUCCGUCAGAAAUACGGCGGAGACUCGUUCGAGACGGUCCAGAUCAGCUCCUUCGUGGAUGUCGAUGCCAUUCAACGUGCGUUGGGCGAUGUAGACGGGGUCAUUCAUCUGGCAUCUGAUUUGUCUUUCAGCAGCGAUCCGAAUGCGAUUAUCCCUUGGGUAGUUCAGGCUACGCUGAACAUUCUCGAGAUCGCGGCGAGGAAACAGCGCGUGAGAAGGGUGGUGUUAGCCUCCUCGUCGUCGGCGUCAUAUAUGAUUUUGCCCGACCCGAAUGGACGCCAGGUGUAUGCGGACUCGUGGGAUGAUGUCGCCGUUGCGGCGGCAUGGGAUGACAAGACCCCGGCUGAUAUAAAGGGCGUCGCGGUCUACGCAGCCUCGAAGACAGAAGGGGAACGUCAAUCGUGGAAGUGGAUCGAGAGGCAUGAUCCUCAGUACACUUUUAAUGCUGUUCUGCCGUCGUUCAACGUUGGAAGAAUCCUGCACCCUGAAAUCCCAGGCUCAACCAUGGGAUCUGUGCGUCAACUCCUGCGAGGAGACGCCACGACCUUCGCCAAAUUCCCCGAACAAUGGUAUGUCGACGUCGAGGACGUGGCUCGGCUCUGCGUCAUCGGUCUUCUCGACCCCAAGGUCCAGUCGGAGCGCAUCUUUGCCUUUGCAGAGCAGAAGCACUGGACAGAUACCGUUGCGGUUCUUCGUGAUCUGCGCCCGAAGAACCGGAGCAUUCCAGAUGCCCCGACAGAUAUCCCCCGGGACAACACUACUAUUCAUCCUCGGGGCCGAGCAGAGAGCUUGCUUCGUGAGUUCUACGGGCAGGAUGGCUUUACGCCGAUUCGGGAGAGUAUUUCGAGGGGGAUUGAAGGGUGGGAGUGA